UCCUCCAUGUGACGCUGGGGCUGUAACAAAAAUCCAGUAUGGCGGAAUCUGUCAGGAGAUGAAUUUUCUUUUCCCGUACGUCGCCCCCCCUCAGAGUCUCUAACAUGGGAGAGAAAUAAAAGGCAAAGCAAGCGGGACGCACGUCGGGACGCCUGGCCGCCUCCAUGCCGGUGUAGGUUGUAACUGAGUGGAAACAGUGAGCUGCCUCUUUAAGCGGAGUAGCCACAUCAUUAGGCUAAUGGAGAUUGGCUGCUGCUGCUGCUGGAUGCCUGCUUCCAGUUUCCUGUUCGACCGUCCGGAGGGUUUGGAUGUGCCCGAGCUCGCAUUGAAACGGACACUCCCAGACGUCCUUCACUUUGGCAGGAUAACAGCCUCCCUGUGAAUAAUACUUUCAUUAGACUCACACACUGACAUCUGUUCUGCACUACACACAUAAACACAACAAACCAGCUGCUCAGUUUGCUGGACUGUGCGGGGAGCGGCCAAACUAACCUGACAGUGAUGACAUCAAACAGCCACCAAGAGGGAAUCCUGGGGAAGGAGCAGCCGCUGGAGGUCCUCAAGACAUCGGCGCUCAACCACAUCCCAACAGUGGACAUCAACUCUGCGCUGCCCCUGCGUCUCCCUCCCGCUGCCAUCCCCAUGGACCUGCGCGUGGACCACCACCACCACCACCAGCAGCAGCAGGUGUCCUCGCUGUCCCCUCCGGGCCAGCAUUCGCCCAGUCCUCUGGGAGGGUCGGGCGGGGGCGGCGGCGGCGUGGUGGCGGCCUCAGUGCGCGAGCAGCAGCUGCAGCAGGAGCUGCUGUCCUUGAAGCAGAAGCAGCAGAUCCAGAGGCAGAUCCUCAUCGCCGAGUUCCAGCGGCAGCACGAGCAGCUGUCCCGCCAGCAUGAGGCCCAGCUCCAGGAGCACAUUAAGCAGCAGCAAGAGCUCCUGGCCUUGAAGCACCAGCAGGAGCUCCUGGAGCACCAGAGGAAGAUGGAGAACCACCGUCUGGAGCAGGAGCUGGAGAAACAACAAAGGGAGCAGAAGCUGCAGCUGCUGAAGAACAAGGAGCGGGGCCAGGAGAGUGCUGUUGCCAGCACCGAGGUGAAAAUGCGCCUGCAGGAGUUCGUCUUGAACAAGAAGAAGGCGCUGGCCCAGCGGAGCCUCAAUCAAGGAGGUCUCCCCAACGAUGCUCCCUACUGGUACCGAAAAACUCAGCAUAGCUCCUUGGACCAGAGCUCGCCUCCACAAACCGGAGUGUCCACCUACAAUCACCCCGUGCUGGGCGUCUACAACCCCCGGGAUGACUUCCCCCUGCGGAAGACUGCCUCGGAGCCCAACCUGAAGCUGCGCUCCCGGCUGAAGCAGAAAGUCAGCGAGCGCAGAAGCAGCCCGCUGCUCCGCCGCAGAGACAGCCCCAUUACUACGGCCAAGAAACGUUCCCUGGACAUGGCGGACUCUGCAUGUAGCAGCGCCCCCGGCUCCGGCCCCAGCUCCCCGAACAACAGCUCCAACAACAUCCCCAAUGAGAACGGCAUCACUGUGUCAGUCGCCAACAACAUGGAGGCGUCUCUGGCCCAGAGGCUGUGCAGCGGUGCUGAGCAAGGCUCCAUCAACCAGCUGUCCCUGUACACUUCCCCGUCCCUACCCAACAUCACUUUAGGGCUGCCCGCCACCGCAACCGCCACCGCUGCUUCGAACGUCACCUCAGCACAGCAGGAUGGGGGCCUCCAACCAGCCCUCUCCCUCAGCCCUCCGUUUCUCUCCGGCGGCCACUUGAGCCCCUACCUAGGAGAUGGAGGAUCUGGGGGCCACGGCGCUCACAGCCCCCUGUUGCAGCACAUGGUUCUCAUGGAGCAGAGUCCUGCACAGAGCCCUCUGGUGACAGGCGUAAGCGGCAUAUCUAUGUCGUCAGCAUCCAUGGCCAAGCUGCAGAGGCAGCACCGGCCCCUCGGGAGGACCCAGUCCGCACCACUGCCCCAGGGGACCGCCGCACAAGCCCACGCUCAGGCUCUGGCCCUGCAGCAGCUGGUGGUCCAGCAACAGCACCAGCAGUUCCUGGAGAAGCACAAGCAGCAGUUCCAGCAGCAGCAGCUCCACCUCAACAAGAUGAUAGGGAAGCCCGGCGAGUCGCCCGUGGGGCGGCAGCACCAGAGCCACCCGGAGGAGACGGAGGAGGAGCUGAGGGAACACCAGGAUGCGGGAGUUCUGCCGCCAGGGGUCACCAUAAAGCAGGAGCCCCCAGACCCGCAGGAGCUGCAGGAGGAGGCGCUGCAGCAGCACCGGGAGCGGGAGAGAGACAGGGAGCGGCAGGUGGAACAGGAACUGCUCUUCCGACAGCAGGCUUUGUUAUUGGAGCAGCAGCGGAUCCACCAGCUGAGGAACUAUCAGGCCUCCAUGGAGGCCGCUGGCUUGUCCAUCUCCUUCCCGGGACACAGGCCCCUUUCCAGAGCCCAAUCCUCUCCGGCCUCCGCUUCAUCCUUCCCAAUCAGCGUCCCCUCACAGGAUCCCCCCGUCAAGCCUCGCUUCACCACAGGCCUGGUGUACGACUCCCUGAUGCAGAAGCACCAGUGUAUGUGUGGAAACACCAACAGCCAUCCAGAGCACGCUGGGCGCAUCCAGAGCAUCUGGUCGCGGCUGCAGGAGACGGGACUCAGAGCUCAGUGUGAGUGUAUCCGUGGGAGGAAGGCCACUUUGGAGGAGCUGCAGACGGUCCACUCUGAAGCCCACGUCCUGCUGUACGGAACCAACCCGCUACGGCAGAAACUCGACUGCUCCAUAACUCCCAUGUUUGUGCGACUGCCGUGCGGAGGAGUCGGGGUGGACAGCGACACCAUUUGGAACGAGGUCCAUUCCUCCAGCGCGGCUCGGCUCGCCGUCGGUUCCGUUGUGGAGCUUGUUUUCAAAGUGGCGACCGGAGAGCUAAAGAAUGGUUUUGCAGUGGUCCGCCCUCCUGGACACCACGCAGAGGAAAGCACUCCCAUGGGCUUCUGUUACUUCAACUCGGUGGCGAUUGCAGCCAAACUCCUGCAGCAGAGACUUAGCGUCAACAAGAUCCUCAUCGUGGACUGGGAUGUUCACCACGGUAACGGCACCCAGCAGGCAUUCUACGACGACCCGAAUGUACUCUACAUCUCCAUCCAUCGCUAUGACGACGGCAACUUUUUCCCAGGAAGUGGUGCACCUGAUGAGGUCGGCAGUGGUCCUGGGGUGGGGUUUAACGUGAACGUGGCCUUUACUGGUGGCCUGGACCCCCCCAUGGGAGACGCAGAGUACCUGGCUGCCUUCAGGUCAGUGGUGAUGCCAAUAGCUGACGAAUUCGCUCCGGACAUCGUGCUUGUCUCCUCUGGCUUCGACGCCGUGGAGGGACACCCCCCACCGCUGGGCGGCUACACCCUGACUUCCAAAUGUUUUGGGCAUCUGACCAGGCAGUUGAUGACCCUCGCUGGAGGCCGGGUCGUGCUGGCGUUGGAGGGAGGACACGACCUCACCGCUAUCUGCGACGCCUCGGAGGCCUGCGUAGCCGCCCUGCUCGGCCAAGAGCUGGAUCCCCUUCCAAAGGCCGUCCUGGAGCAGAGGCCCAACCCCAACGCUGUGUGCUCUCUGGAGAAAGUUAUAGAGACUCAUAGUAAAUACUGGCGCUCAGUGCAUCGCUACUCAUCGAGGCUGGGCCUUUCUCUACUGGAGGCCAAGCGAGGUGACUCGGAGGAGGCUGAGGCCGUCAGCGCCAUGGCAUCUCUGUCCGUUGCAAACAGCAACGCGAUGGAGCAAAGGACAGAGGAGGAGCCCAUGGAGGAGGAGGCUCCACUGUAACUGAGGCAGGCGUGAGGGUGUCGCAGUGUUGCCAUUGACCUCUCCGGAGAAGAGCCUCAACUGACCCCUUCAUUUAGUCCCCCCAACCUCCACUCACCACGUCAGUCACCUUGAUUGGCGGCCCCUCGGUCUAAAAACGAGGGAGAGGGGACGGGCUUAGCCUCAGAGUAGGGAGCCAAUCAGAAGACAGAGGACUGAACUUGGGGGUGAAAAAAAAAUAACAAAACUUAACGACGUUGCUAAGCAGCAGUCGUUCGGAGACAUUCAUUGUUUUUUUUUUUCUGUCAGUCUUUGCACCUUCGCGUUAGCCCGCAGCAGCUGAGUGUGCGAACACAGCAGCCGGCAGGUCUGUAUGCAGCCGGGAAAGGGUGGAAUCUGGUCACAGAAAGGAAGAUGCGCUGAAAUAACCGGUGCUUGACGCUAAAGCCCCCUCUGACCGCAUUCAGUGGAGACACCAGGGACAGUGGACAUUCCCUGCUGCCCUAAAGCAGCUUGGGUACCUUUUCUCUUCUCUUAACUUCAGUUCCCUCUAAACGGGGAACGCCGCGGCAUCCGGGUGGAUUCUUUUUUUUAUUUUUAAACGUGCCGCGCUCACUGUGGAUUCCUGUGAUGCCGUAGUUCAAGGAGGCUUUCGCAAAGAUUUCGACGGCUAAGACUGGCGCCACGCUGGAGAGGCCUGCCGUCGAAAGCUGAUGAGUAAGAGGAGUGCCUUGGAGAGGGUCCGCCUGUUUUCAGGAUUGUUCAGGAAAAAGGUUGCCUUAACUUUAACCAUUUUUCUCACCGAGGAAUUGGAGGAAGCAGACGGGGGAAGAAGGGGAAUGACUAAAAAAUCUAACAAUCUUUCAGCAUGUUUACUUAGAAAGUAAUGGAGACAGCGUUUAUGUCUCUCAUGGCUUCUCUUGAAGAGUUACUUUACUUUUUGAUGGAUCUAUUUUUCUGUACAAAAGUUUUUAAAAAAAAAGAUAGAGAAAGAUCGGUUUGUAAAAGGUAGUUGCCAGCUUCUUUAGACAAAAGGUGCAAACACUGAGAAAGGAAUCAGACCGCCUACUCUCAAAACAGUUUAGCCUUUGAUGUAGCCUCCCUUUAAGAGUCAUCGCUUUUUGCAGAUAAAUCGCAGAGCAUGCAUCUAAGCAGAUUUAACGAAUGUUGUCCAAAAGAGAAAGCAGAGCAAAAAAAAA